UUAGGCGAUCGCAGUAGUUUAUCAUAGAGACAGACACCAGACACUCGUCAAAGAGUGUCAUUCAUCGCAGCUGAAAAUGUCGACUUACAGUGUGAACCAGAUUGAGGACGAUUUUGAUGAAGCGUUUGAAGAUAAAAGCGAAGAUAACUUUAGUGAAGGAUCUCUUGAGGAGGUGCCAGAUGUAAAGUUCGACUCAACAAGAACUUAUUCUCUCAAGAAAUCGGAUCUGGGUAAUGGUACCUACUGGCAACAACAGAAGAUAGUUCAUUCAUUAGCUGAACAGAAGCCACUCAACCCGCCGACCAAUUUGACACACAAUCCUUCACAUUGUUUCCAUGCCCAUGGAGGUGGUAUACCGGCCAAGGUGGAUGUGGAGGACAAGGUUGGAGGAUGGGAGAUCAUCAAAGCCAUGUUGGGCUAUGUCUGGCCCAAGGGUGACCUAGCUAUCAAGGCAAGGGUCAUUGUGGCCAUGUCACUCUUGAUCGGAGCAAAGGUUUCCAAUGUCUAUGUCCCAUUCCUAUUCAAGUAUGCUGUGGAUCACCUCAAUGAAUACCAGACAGCUUCAGAAGCUGUAGCCUCGACGGGGACAGGUCCUACGGUUGUAACCGCCCUCCUACUGGGCUAUGGAGCAGCGCGUGCAGGAGCAUCCUUCUUCAACGAAGCCAGGAAUGCCGUCUUCGCCAGGGUGGCCCAGAAUUCAAUACGACGGGUCGCUAAGAAUGUUUUCACGCACCUCCACCAGCUUGAUCUUAGCUUUCAUCUUUCCCGCCAAACGGGGGCGCUCUCUAAGGCCAUUGAUAGGGGCAGCAGGGGUAUUAACUUUGUCUUGAUGGCUCUGGUUUUCAACAUUGUACCAACUAUCUUGGAAGUUGGCCUUGUCACUUUUAUCAUGUAUUACAAGAUGGGCCCUGGCUUUGCUGCGAUCACCCUCACAUGCGUCGGAGCUUACGCCUUUUUUACACUGAGCAUUACGUCGUGGAGAACCAAGUUCAGGGUACAGAUGAACAAAGCUGACAACGAGGCUGGAAACCAGGCUAUCGACUCACUUAUCAACUAUGAAACAGUCAAGUACUUCAAUAAUGAGAAGUGGGAGGCUGACAUCUAUGAUAAAAGUCUUGCCGAGUACGAGCGUGCAUCCUUGAAGACCGCCACCAGUCUUGCUCUCCUCAACUUUGGUCAGAAUGCAAUCUUCAGCGCUGCACUGUCAGGUGUUAUGUUGCUAGCAAGUCAGGGAAUUCUUGCAGGUGAAAUGACAGUUGGUGAUCUAGUGAUGGUAAAUGGUCUCCUGUUCCAACUCUCGCUACCUCUCAACUUCCUUGGGUCCGUCUACCGUGAGAUCAGGCAAUCCCUCAUUGACAUGGGCACCAUGUUCAACCUACUCAAAGUUGAAACAGACAUCAAGAACAAGAUAAAUGCUCCAGCUCUUCAGAUCAGCCCUCAGGAGUCUGGUAUCACCUUUGAGAACGUUGCCUUCAGCUAUCUCCCUGAGCAGCAGAUCUUCAGCGACCUGAGCUUCCAUGUGCCUUCGGGAAAGAAGGUUGCCAUUGUUGGAGGAAGCGGUUCAGGGAAAUCUACCAUAGUGCGACUUCUGUUCCGAUUCUAUGACCCUGAUGGUGGUAGGGUAUUGAUCAACGGUCAAGAUAUCAAAGAAGUGGAUGUGGACAGUCUCAGGAAGGCUAUUGGUGUUGUACCACAGGAUUGUGUCCUCUUCCACAAUUCCAUCUUCUACAACUUGCAAUACGGGAACCUAGAUUCAACGGCCGAGGAGGUCUUCCGGGCGGCCAAGAUGGCCGACAUCCACCAAGGAAUCAAGAGAAUGCCUAAGGGUUAUGAGACCCAGGUAGGAGAGAGAGGGUUGAAGCUUUCAGGAGGUGAGAAGCAGAGGGUAGCCAUUGCCAGGACUAUCCUCAAGGAUCCACCCAUUGUCCUCUAUGACGAGGCGACGUCAUCGCUGGAUUCCAUCACUGAACAGAACAUCCUCAACUCAAUGGAUGCCGUCACCCUAGGACGCACGUCCAUCUUCAUCGCUCAUCGUCUCUCCACCGUCGUCGACGCGGACGAAAUCCUGGUCAUCCGUGACGGGAGGAUAGGAGAGCGCGGCAAGCACCACCAACUCUUAGCAGAUACCAAUAGUUAUUAUUAUGAACUUUGGACCAAUCAGAAUAAGGUCGCGCUGGAAUCCGUCCUUGAUGACAAGAACGGGGAAGAGUCAGAAGUUGAGGAGAGCCACAAGUCAUGAUGACAAACAUGUCAGUAUUAGGUGUAUUAGAAAUAUAUUAAAUAGUUAUUAAGAAUAUUAUGUCAUCCUUAUGCCAAUAAAGGCAUUUUCACAGUACAAAGUAAAUGGAGAUAGAGGGCUACUCCAGGCUGAAAUUAAUAAUAUCUAAAUUCAUGAAGUAAAAUUCAACAAGCAAAAUGCUGAAAACAUCUUCAAAGUCUGAUAAAAAAAAGUAAUGAAGAUUAGUUUCUGCAACAAUUAUCCUACAUAAUGAAUCAGGAGCCAAACCUUCUUUUUACAUUCUUGGAGGAACAUAUUUGAAUAAACAUAAUUGUUUUUACAAUAUGAUACAAAUAAUAAGUGGGGAUAUGACAUCAUCAGUUUGUUCAUUGCAUAUCAUGAGGAUAUGCAGAGAAAUGUUUCACCAAAAUAAUUCAAAACAUUAAAUUGUCAUAACUCUGUU